GAUCAAGUGCCAAGCCGGCUACCCUACCGAACAUCAUGGAGUUCAAUCAGCUGGUGGCUGUGGACGCGUUCUAUGUCUACGACGUUGAUGGUGAGAAGGUCGAGUUGAUGAUGAUUGUCGACAUCGGCACAGGAUAUAUUUCUGUUGGUCAUCUACAAGGCCAUUCUGGAGUGGCCAUGGAAGCGUCAUUUUGCUCCAUCUGGAGCAACGUAUUCGGCGCACCCGGGACCAUGGUGCUCGACCUCGAGAGUGGCCUCCAGGCUGGUUUGGGAAGAUUCAGUGAAUGGCACGGAACCAAAAUCCGCGCCAUCGCUGAACAGGCGCAUUGGCAGAAUGGCACUGCCGAACGAGAUAUACGUACUUGGAAGGAGAUCUGGAGCCGCCUUGUGGACGAAUGGUCGGCCACCGCAGAGGAGGCCGGGAUGAUCACCACGGCGGCCAACACCGCCAUGAAUACUUUGCGCCGAGAAUCGGGCUUUAGCCCUUCACAAGCCGUGUGGGGCCGCGAUCCUCGUUUACCUGAAGACCUCAAGGGGAACCCGGCGAAGGAAGCCUAUUUCAAGACCCAGAACGACGCCCGUCUACGACGUUCGCUACUGCAACGCUCCCGAGUUGCCGGCCCCGAUCUUCAACAAGGUGACCAUGUCUUUUUCUAUCGCAAGCCGAAGAACAACAAGAACUGGGAAUGGCAUGGACCAGGAGUGAUCAUUGGCCAUGAGGGGCCAAAUGUCUGGGUGUCUUUUGCCGGGCGCUGUCACCUCGUCGCCCCUGAACACCUUCGCACGGCCAGUGCAGAGGAGCUUGGAGCAGCUUUCUCUUUGAGGGCAACGCAAGAUGACUUACAACGUCUACUUGAGCAAGACUUUGGUGACGAGGAGAUGUACGAGGCCGAGGACCACGACAUGGACGAGGACCUGGCCCUCACUCCCGAAGGCGAAGAUCGAGACGGAGGUCGUGGCGAUGGAACUCGACGUGGACGAGAUGGAACUCCCCCGCCGGCAGUCACGAAGAGGAUCAGAACGAAGGGGCCCCAGGCUCGCGAAGCCCACACCGCACUCCACGAGGCCUACAUGAUGAAGUUCCCCAAGACACCGAGAGGAAAGGAGAAGGCCUUGGAAAAGGAAUUGCCCUGGGGAAUGAUCCCACCCGAACAGCACCAAGGCUUCAAAGAUGCAGAACUUCGUCAGUGGGAAGAGCACGUGGAGCACAAUGCUUUGGAAGCUCUAUCUAUUGAAGAAAGCAGGCAAGUGCUCAAAGACAAGCCCCAGCGUGCCCUCAACAGCCGGUUUGCGUACAGAGAUAAGUUGUGGAGCCGACGGCGGGAACAACCGGAUGUUGGAUGGAAACAUAAGGCACGCCUUGUCAUCAGCGGCCACAAGGACCCCGACUUGCUCUCCGGGCUCCCCACACACGCCCCUACGAUAUCUCGACAAGGAAUCCUACUGUUGCUCCAGAUCCUGGCGUCGAACCUGGUGAAUGAUUGGUGUGGAUAUGCGGGCGACGUGACCGCGGCUUUCCUAUGUGGAGAAGUACUACAACGUGAGCUUUACCUACGUCAGCCUCGCACCGGGCUUGGGGACUUGCAUCCGGAGGUCACCCAAUGCAGCCUGGACCACUGCAUCUUCAUGGUGCAGAGAUUUGAUGGUGACGGAGAUCUCGGACCUCCCCAAACGUACCUAGGAGUGCAUGUGGAUGAUGUCUUGCUGGUAGGCCUACGUUCUCUUUGUGAGGUCAUCAAGGCGAAAAUCAGCGAGAGAUUCCCAAUUCGCGACUGGGAGACUGGGAAGUUCAACUACGUCGGGUCUUUCAUCGAGAUCAAGGAGGACUCAGUCAAGAUCUCUCAGGCGAGCUACGCAGCGACGAGACUGUUCCAGGUGGAGAUCGACAAGGACAUCCCCGACCACGCCGAGGUGACCGAGACCAUCCGAGACCCAGAAGUAUGA